UCAGCUGCUUAUGUUGACGAAAACGAUAUCGCGAUGUACAUCAUCAAAACGAUCGACGACCACCGAACUCUAAAUAAAACUAUUUACAUCAGACCACCAGAAAACAUACUGUCACAGAGAGAAGUAGUCAUGGCAUGGGAGCAGCUCAUUGGUAAGGAGCUUAAAAAGACCAGCAUUUCAGAACAGGAUUUUCUCUCUAUCAUCAAAGAGCUGGAGUAUCCACAGCAAGCGGGAUAUGGACAUUUCUAUCAUAUCUUUUAUGAGGGUUGCUUGAACAAUUUCGAGAUAGACAAGGGGGAGGAGGCAUCUGAGUUAUAUCCCGAGGUUGUUUAUACUCGAGUCAACAACCUCGUUAUGUGUAAUUCUUAGAGGUUUAUCUCUGACGUUAUGUGUAAUUCUACAACUUUGCAACUUCAGACUGGACUUUUUAA